AUGUUGCAACGGCUGCAUCUUUUUAAGGCAGCAGUCGCGUGGCAAAUGAAACACUCGAAUCCGAAUAUUGUCGCUGUUUACAAUGUUGCUCCUCCAGACGAUGAUGACGUUGAACGAGAGAUGGUGUGGAAAAUUGAAAUGGGAGUUUGGAAUGAAUUAAAUUGUCCUCUCCUCUUGACAACGACAUCCGAGAAGAAGUUGCGAAUGACGUGCGAAAGUUUGCGUUUGACUUUCUGCAGUUCUCGACUCUGCUAUGAGGGAAUCAAUGAUUUUGCUCCUUUGUAUCCGAUUCGGGAUUGGGAAGAAUGGGGAGUCUCGAAGAAUUAUCAAUAUAUGGUGGUGGUUAAACCACCGGAAAAUAAUAUCAGAGGUCCAGCAAAAGGUUCUUUCCCCUUUGCCAAAACCUUCCAAGACUUUCAUAAACCGAUCAAGAAAUCUAGCAAAGUGUUUUUCUCUCCAAAUUUCUGUAGCCUCUGUCAUUCCAAUAGUGCUCUUGUGGUCUGUAAACGUUGUAAACUGAUUUUUUAUUGUUCUGAGGCUCAUCAGAAGGAAGAUUCGACUCAGCACAGAGAUUUUUGCAAAAUUAUUCUUGGUAUGGUGGUGAAAGAUAGGGUGACGAGUAUUUUCGAGAAUUUGAAAAACACGGAUUCUGAAACUUGGCUCACGGCUAAGAUUGAUUUAAUGAGGACAGUGAAGAAUCAGAUUGGACGGGAUUUGGAGGAAUUUGAAAAACAGAUAUUUCUCUUUCCGAAGACUUGUUUUAUUUGCCAUGAGAGUGAUUUGAGCCGGCUGACGAAUUGCGAAUGUGGGAUUAUCCUAUGCGAAAUUCACAUGAAAAAUUCGAAACACACGGAAAUCUGCAGUGAUUAUUCGACAGCAAUAAAGUUCAAAAUGCUCGAGAAGGCUCCAUCGGUAAAAGCUGUGGUGAAAGAGGAAUUAUUUAACAGGUCCGAUGAUAAUUUGCCAGCUUCCAUAGAAUCUUUUAUCAAUUUAUAUUUAAAAGUAAACGACUCUUCCUCAUUUGGCAUUCCCAACUUUGACAAAAUUCUCAUUUCUGACGCCCUAUCAAUGCCGCUGACGGCUCUCUACGCUUUGCAAAAGCUCAAGUUGUCUUCGAAAAAAAAUUUGAAUGUUCACAUUCUCGGUGCAAUUCACCGGGAAGUGGUCGAGGAAGGAUUCUGGAUAAUUUUGAACUGGUUUCGAGGUCUGAAAAAAUUAGAACUCACUUUUUUUGACUCUGAUAUUUCGACAAAGUCUCUCAAUUACACAACCGACCUUUUGUUUCACGAUCACUCAUUUUUUGGCGAAAAAGGCUUCGAAGUGGCAACACACAUGGCUCGAUACGACAAUUAUUGUCGUUUAGGAUCAAUCGAAAAACCCCAUUUUAUCAUCGGAUAUAAUCUCAAUGUCCACGAAAUUGAUUACGGAUUUUCCGACUGCAGUUGGGAGGAUAUUAUUUUGACUGUGAAGAAAAUGAAUGUUCCUUUUGUCAUGACUUCCGGGAGUGAGGAACGAGCCAGGAAAGAUCACAGAAAAUUGUCCUCAUUUUUGGGGAAAACAGUCGAGUUUUUCUCCUCGGCGGAAAAUCCCUUUGCGAGUUUACUUCCCGAGCGGGAUUUCGAGUCAGAGGGAUUAUCUUAUCAAAAUAAAUUUAUUACAAUCUACAACGAUCUUAAUAAAAAUUUAAUUGACAAAUUUCCGCCACUUGCAAAUAUUGAAUUUGACAAAAAAUUUAAUUUUUCGUCGAAUUUCGCAAAUUUGUCAUUUGGCACAACUAACGCUCAGAGUCCGAUUUUCAAAGUUGAAUUGGAAACAGAUCGGAAAGAGGUUGGGGUUGUUGAAAAUUCUGAGGUGAAAAUUGAAGGUUCGAUUUUGGAAACAGAUAGACUUAAAUUGGAGACAGAAAAUUCGAAAUUGGAAAGAAAUUCGCCUGAAUUUUUUAUAGAAAAUUGUAAAAUUGAAUUGAAAAAAACGGAGACUGAAAUAGUUAAUGAAAAGGAGGAUUUUAGAACAGAAUCUAGUCGAAGCAAUGAGGAGUUAUUGAAGGAGAAUUUUUUAUUGAAAAAAAUAAAUAGACUCUUGAUGGAAAAUGUUCGUCUGAAGGAGGAAAACGAAAGGAUUAGGAAUGAAAAUUUGAAAAUUAAAGUGGAUUCUGAAAAAUUGACUGCAGAAAAUAUUACAAUUAAGGAUAUUCGACAACAAGUUCAAGAAAGUAUUCAAUUAGCAUUAAAUGAUAGAAAGUAGUUUUUUUUUUACUUUUUUUUAUAAUG